AUUAUCCUCAGUGCAUGUUCUUAAACUCUCGGAGUCGAGAGAAGGAAGGAGAAAACACAAUCAUGGCGCAUUACUUGUUCAAGAGCUCUGUUCUUUAUUGUUUGCUUCGGGGCAGUAACUAUGAUUACUGUGAUGGGUUUUCUUUAAUCCGGUUUCCCUUUGAAUUGGGCAAACCAAUUGCUUCUCGUCGCGGGAAAUGGCGGAGAGGUUUCAGAUCCCUACGCCAGAGGCUAAUCCAGGUGCAUCCGCACCUGAGAAUGUUAACGCGGCGAGUGCAAAGAGAGUAGGUUUGAGAGGAGCUGAAAUCGACAUUUCUCCACCGUUCGAGUCGGAUAAGAAGGCGGUAACCGGAUUUGGUGGCCGUCGUGGCUCUUGGGUUCCCUUCAACGUCGGAGACGAUUACGGCGGUGUGAGAGAAUUUGACGUACGGAGGAUGGAAAAACAGGCAGCGGAGCUAGAGAAAGAUCUGAUUAUGAAAGAGUUAGAAACUUUGGAUUUUCUGGAAGCCCUUGGAUCAACCAAACUGAUUGUCGAAGACUUGAAGCGGCAGCGGCAUCAACAAGCGCUGAGAUGCAUGGAGACCCCUGAACACCUUCGCUCACAUAUCAAAGAGAUGAUCGAUGAGCACUGCCAUUAUAAUCCCCUCAAGUCUCCAGAAAUGAUCUUCAUGGAAAUGAAGCAAGCCGGUAUGAAUCUUGGUAAAACCAUGGAUGAUCUUGCGAUGAUCGAAUCAUAUGUCGAAUCUCUGAAUAUGAAAACAGAGGAGCAGAAAGAGUUCCUUGGAGCGUCGUCUCUAGCUGAGGAGCUUAACCGUUUGAGGUUCAAACCAGCAGGUCCAGAUCAAGAAGAGAGAUUCAGUACAGAGGAACUAUCCCUGAAUCCGCUAUGUGAACAGGUUAAGAUGGUAGUUGAAACCAAUGACACAGCUUUUCAUAAACAGAGCAACACCUGUCUGAGAACCGCAGAGAUGAGAUUGGUCGCAGCAAGAAAAAUGGAAGAAGCUGCAAGAGUAGCGGAAGCACUUGCGAUUGCUGAAAUGACCUUAUUAUCUAGAGGGAAAAACCAAGAUGGUCUUUGCUUCCCGGAGCCACCAAGGUCUCCUUUAACACUUGAAGCACAGAUGAAGAAAGACUCAUCCACCAAUAUUUCAAGAACAGAGAUCAUGAGGAAGCUGGAAGAAGCUAAUGAAGAAGUUAAACAAAGUCAACAAGCCUUGGUAUCAGCGUUAAACCGGGUUGAAAUCGCAAAUGUGAAGCAACUUGAAGCAGAAGAAGCGUUUCGCCAGUGGAACAUUGAGUCAUGGAAAGAUCAGAAAGCUACUAAAGCGAAGCGCUCAAUGAAAGGAGAUAACUUUCCUCGAUGCUCCUUCUUGAGCCAUGUGAACCAGCAGGAUGAGCCGCUGAUUGAUCUCCCUAAGCCAGUGCUUAAACGUAAUGUUUCAAUCAGCAAUUUUCUAAAUCGGAAACAAGUCCCUACCAUCGAUGAGAAGCAGUUGGUCACGCCGAAGAGAAAGUUUAGGUUCAUACACAACACGGUUCCAGAACAGAGUCAGCAAAAACUCAGCUUUUGAAAACCUAUUUUGUUCAUUACGGGUUGUUUUCUUUCUUUUCUUUUUGCCUUUGGUUUUUAAUUGACUUGAUCAUUGAUGAGAUGGGCGUUGUUACUUUUAUCAUAAGCAAACCAUAAUGAUUAGAGUAAAAAAAAACCUGUCGUUUUUGACUCAGAUGUGAGUCAUGUGACCAAAGAAAACAUUAUGAAAACUAAAGCUUUUAGUAAUCAUAAUAAAUUAU